AUGUUGAAAACAGGAAGAGGCCAAGUUGCAUUUCCUCAGCGACUAACUGCGGCUGCUGAAGAGAUAUUUGGGCUGUUUGAAAGAACGAUAGCAGAGUACGAGGAGGAACUUUGUCGAUCAAAAGAGGAGAACGAGCGACAACGGAAACUACUGGACGCUGUUUUCAACCCUCAGCUUCGGUUACACAGAGCAGACGUCCAGCAGCUGUUGGUGGUUAAAGAAGAGGUUCCCCCUGAGCAGCAGGAGUGGAGCUCCAGUGUGGACCAGGAGGACCCAGAGCCUCCACACAUUAAAGAGGACCAGGAGGAUCCAGAGCCUCCACACAUUAAAGAGGACCAGGAGGACCCAGAGCCUCCACACAUUAAAGAGGACCAAGAGGAACUCUGGAUCAGUCAGGAGGGAGAGCAGCUUCAAGGGCUGGAGGAGGAUGAUAUCACCUUCACAUUCGCUGUUGUCCCUUUGAAGGCUGAAGAUGAAGAGGAAGAACCUCAGUCCUCACAGCUUCAUCAAAGUCAAAUUGAGGAGAACAGAGAGGCAGAGCCUCCAGCCAGCAGCUCAGCUGAGCAGAUGGAAACUGGAGCUGAUGGAGAGGACUGUGGAGGACCAGAACCAGCCAGGAACUCAGAUCCAGAUACACAUUUACAGCCUGAGACUGAUGACAGUGAUGAUUGGACAGAGACCAGAGAACCUCAGUCUGGUUCAAAGUCCCUGAAAAAUGAUGAAGACCCUGUCAGUGAUUUGAGAUUUCGUGGUUGUGAGAAACCAUUCAGCUGCUCUGAGUGUGGGAAAAGAUUUGAACGCAAACUACACCUGCAGCUACAUAGGAGAACUCAUACAGGAGAAAAACCGUUCAGCUGCACUGAGUGUGGGAAAAAAUUUAGUGAACGUGGAAAUCUGAAGGCACACAUGAGAACUCAUACAGGAGAGAAACCAUUUAAUUGCUCUGUAUGUGGAAAAAGUUUUGGUGUAGGUGGAAAUCUGAGGACACAUAUGAGAACCCACACAGGAGAGAAACCAUUCAAUUGCGCUGAGUGUGGGAAAGGAUUCAGUCAAAGUGGGUCUCUGAAGAUGCACAUGAAAACUCAUACAGGAGAAAAACCAUUUAGCUGCUCUGAGUGUGGGAAAAGAUAUAGUGAACGGCGAAAUCUGAAGGCACACAUGAGAACUCAUUCAGGAGAGAAACCACCAAGCGGCUCUGAGUGUGGGAAAAGAAAUUACAGUCGGACAGGUCCGGGGGAACACAUGAGAUCUCAUACAGGAGAAAAUACAUUGAGUUGCUCUGUGUGUGAUAAAAAAUUUUCCCGUAAGAAAGAUUUCAGUGACCACAUGAGAUUUCAUACAGGAGAGAAACCUUUUAGCUGCACUGAGUGUGGGAAAAGAUAUUGUCAGAGUGGAACACUGAGGCGACACAUGAGAUUUCACACAGGAGAGAAACCAUUUAGCUGCUCUCAGUGUAGGAAAAGAUUCUAUCGUAAGAUAGAAUUGGAGGAUCACACAAGAUAUCACACAGGAGAGAAACCUUUCAGCUGCUCGGUUUGUAAGAGGUCUUUUACAGAAAGAGGAAACUUAAGGAAACACAUGAGAACCCACACAGGAGAAAGACCGUUCAACUGCUCAGUGUGUAGUAAAAGUUUCCCUCACAAACAAACCUUAAAUAAUCACAUGAGAACCCACACAGGACAGAAACCUUUUAGCUGCAGUGUUUGUCACCAAAGUUUCACCUGGCGUUACCAGCUCAUAAACCAUCAGUGUCAUUCUUCACAGACUCAUCAAACUGAGACUGAGGAGAACAGAGAGGCAGAGCCUCCAGCCAGCAGCUCAGCUCAACAGAUAGAAACAAGAAGCUGAUGAAACCAGCCAGGAACACAGAUCCAGAUACUCAUUUACAACCUGAGACUGAUGACAAGACUGGAGAGUCUUCUGAACUUGAGACUGAACACUGAUGAUCAUUGGAAAAACAUUUUAAGUAUGGUAAAAUAUUUGUCCACUAUUGUCUGAGAAUGCACCUGAGGAUUCAUACAUUACAUUGUUCAGUUUUUGAUACAAUAUUCCCUUGGAAGAAAAAAUUAGUUUGUAACAUGAGAUUUAGGCUCGUUCAGGAGAAACCCCUGAGAAUCUCAAUCAGGGUAAAAUUCUGAAAAAUAAAGUCUGUGUCAGUGGAGUGUAAUCUGUCAGCCAGAAUGACAUUCAUCAGGUCUCUAUCAGAUGGGAAAUCACACUGAGAGAAACCAUGUAAUUGUUCAGUUUUUAAUACAAGAAUCCUUGGAUGAAAAAUUGAGACUUUCACAUGAGAUUUUGAGUUGGAGAAAAAUCUUUUUGCUGCUGAUUUUGUAAGACACAGUGACCACACAGGAGAGAAACCCUUCAGCUGCUCAGUGUGGGAAAAUAUUUAAAUUUAAGAUUAAUCAGGCAGUCACGUGUCAUCGGCCGUAAGUGUGUCAUCAGUAGCAGCGGCAUUAAAACUACUGCUUCAGAUGAAACUCUGGAGCAACAGAGAGUUGAAACAGUUGUUGACAUGUUUGAGAUGAGAAGAGUUUCUGCUGUAAGCAAACAACAUUUAGGGUUGGGUAUUAUUUCACUGUUAGAAUUAUGAUCCUGGUUUUUCUUGAUGUCUCAUAUUAGUUCUUCAAAACAACUCUUCUUUUAUAGAUUGAAUUGAGAAGAAUCUUGCCGUUCACAGCAUUUACUGAACUGCUUUAUUUUCUUUUGAGGUGUGUGAUGAUAAUUGAAUGAUACAUUUGACCUGGUUUCUGUAGAUUGUUUAUUUUUAUACGAUCGUGUGAUAUACUUUUAUAAGCUUUACAUAUUGUGUAUAUUGAUCUGGUUUGGGCUUAUUUCCAACAGUAAU